GGCUGAUGUUGGGCUUCAUGUCUGGCUGUGCCCUCAUCUCCAUGUGGAUUCAAAAUGUUUCUGCGGCUGCCAUGGUGAUGCCCAUCGUAGAGGCUGUCCUCCAGCAGAUCCUCAAGGCAGAGGAGUUGGGAUGUGCUGGCAAUGUGAACCCUAAUCUGCAGAUGGACGAAACUGAGAUGGGCUCCCAACCAGUAAAGGAAACGGUGAGUGAUGAGAAGAAACCAGAUGGUCCUACAGAAGACUUCACCAGUGUUGAGAUGCAGCAGUUCCCAUCUGAUCAAGCUCAGGUUGCAGUGUGUGUCUCUGCUAAUGUCAGGAAGAGUGAACGGGACCGAAUGAUGUACAAGGCGAUGAGCAUGGGCGUCGCCUACGCAGCCAACAUCGGUGGAAUCAGCACGCUGCCAGGAACUUCUCCUAACCUCAUCUUCUCUGAGUAUCUCAACCAGGUUUACCCAGAAUGCAACUGUAUCAACUUUGGGAAUUGGCUCCUGAUGUGCUUUCCUAUCAGUGUAAUCAUGAUCUUUCUUACAUGGAUAUGGCUGUACUGGUUGUUCCUGGGCUCAGACUUUAGCUUCCUGUGGCAGUGCAAAGGGGGUCAAUCAGAAAGAGAGAAGGCUGCACGAGGUGUCAUAGAAGAGGAGUACAGGUCACUGGGACCCGUUAGCCCUCAGGAGAUUUUCACUGGCAUCAUUUUCGUGGUGAUGGUGCUGUUGUGGUUAACCAGAUCUCCAGGCUUCAUGCCAGGCUGGGCUUCUCUCUUCCCUGAUCACACCGGCUACAUCACAGAGGCUACUGUGGCCCUGGUGCUGGGUCUCUUAUUUUUCAUCGUUCCCACCCAUGGACCCGACAAGAAAUAUGAGGCCAUGAUCACCUGGGAGGAAUUUCGCUCCUCGAUGCCAUGGAUGGUUGUCCUGCUGGUUGGUGGAGGAUUUGCACUCGCUGAAGGAACAAAGGUGUCUGGCUUGUCCGUGUGGGUGGCUCAGCUGAUGACGCCUCUGGGGGAUCUGCCAGUCUUGGCCACCAUCACAGUGGCCUGCAUCAUUGUAACCACGCUAACAGAGGUGGCCAGCAAUGCUGCGACCACCACCAUUUUCCUCCCCAUUCUCUCUCCCCUGGCUGAGGCUAUCCAUGUGAACCCGUUAUAUGUGCUCAUCCCUACCACACUCUGCAUAUCCUUUUCCUUCCUGCUGCCAGUGUCGAAUCCACCCAAUGCUCUUGUUUUCUCCUAUGGACACAUCACCAUAAUGGACAUGGUAAAGGCGGGUAUUGGUGUCAAUGUGAUUGGAGUUCUAACGGUCAUGAUGGGCAUAGCGACAUGGGGGAUUCCCCUCUUUUCUCUUGACACAUACCCAGACUGGGCACCAGUUCAUCCAGCCUUCAACACCACGAUACCUUAAUUAAAGGUCCAGCACAUUUUUACUGUGCAAGUGAAGCUGCUCUAAAUGAUAAGAAGGGAAGUCGUAAAUGGUCCUUUAUGAUUCCAUCAUACAGAGCUAGUGAAUAUGUAUUUUAUAGAUUUCCUCUGUGUUUGCUUUUUGUCACAGUUUGAUAUUUUAGAAAUAAAUUCUAAGGGCUGAAAGCAGAACUUUAAAGGUCAGACAGCAACUAAAUCUAAAAAUGACAUAAUAGCAAAUCGUCCUCAAGCAUCUUGCUGAGUGACAAACUAAGUUUAUUUUUUUAAGCAAUUAAGCAUAAAAAUAAAAGUAUAAAACAAGCUUUUGAAUCAUC